GGUGCUGGAGCCGUUGGCUCGCUCACUUCCCGUUGUGCAUUGCGCCACUGUCAAGCCGUUGACUCUAAAAUCGGGCUAAACGAUCAAGUACGUGUAUACAGCAGCGAUGGCGUCGGACCAGGAGUCCUCUGAUGAGGAACCUGACAGUGAGAUGCUUAGCGACGACCUGUGUCUUCCCGACAGUGACGAUGACAAGCCCAACAGGAAUGUUCAGAAUCUCUCAGAAGAUCUACCUACCGUAAACUCCUGCCUCCUCCGUCCACCGCGAAAGCUAUUCACAAACUGCCGAGAGCGAUGGCGUCAACAAAAUGUCAGCGGAGCCUUUGCUGAGCUCAGAAGAUUGGUACCUACACACCCGCAUGAUAAGAAAUUAUCUAAAAAUGAGAUACUGAGGAUGGCUAUCAGGUACAUAGGCCUUCUCUGCGAUGUGUUAGAAUGGCAGAAGAACCAAGGCUUAUCAACCAACAAAGAAAACUCUUUGGCUAUCAAAUGUGAAUCACCUCUAAGUCCUCAAUCCAGACGCUUACGCAUCAAGCGCCCGUACGACGAUAACUGUGGUAAUUUUGGUGAAUACCUGAAAUAUGGCAAUGAAGAAAACGAAGAUUUUCGAAGAUUCCAUCAAAGAUCAUAUACAAAAGAUCUCCAUUUUAACAAAGACCAUCUUAGAUUGCUAAGAAAUCAAUAUUAUUUCUCUCAUAGAUGGAGAAAUGUACCAUUCAGAAGUAUUGGUGACAGGAAUGGGAAUCUAUUGAUGAUUGCGCCUGUCAAUAAGGAGGAUGAAAAGGGCCAAGAUAAGGAUAAAGAUGUGAAGGGUGGUGGGAAAUAACAUAAUUGGAAUGUAUUAGCUCGGCGCAACAUCAUUAUGCAGGACCGCUUGGAAAAUGUUUCGACUGAAGCCUUUGAUAAUCUAGCAUUACCUUAUCUCUGAACGGAGACGCCGACAUUAUGAUUUGCAUACUUUGUGGUCUUGCGUUACGUCAUUGAUUAGAUCUAAAUACCUAAUAGUAUUAAAGACAAUAGAGAACUCAAGGGGAAAGAUGUCUUGACAUCUGAUAUGUCACGACAGCUUUCUAAAAAGCAUUAUAGAAGCGAACACAUA